AUGUUAAUUUUCCAAAAAAUUUUUCCCGUCUUUUUUCCCAGAUGUCCUUGAUUAUUUCCAAUUUCCCUAACAAUUCUGUGAUUUCCAGUUUUACGGCGGCCCUAUUGUAAGAAUUGAUCGAUUACAAAGUUGAAUAUUCUCUUCAUGACAGAUUGUGAUUCAUCAAUUCUUAUAACUACAACCAUUUAACAACUAUGCUUAUGCAAUUUUAGAAUGGGUUAAAAAAAUAGCUGGACGCUAAACGUGUGCGUGACUCGGUGCGCGUGUGGCGUAUUUAAUAGUGAAUUCGGUCACUUGAUCAGUGUACAUUAAUAGCUGCGUUAUAUAAAGUACUUAAUGCAGCAGCAUAAUAUAAUCAACUUGGACAAUGAAAUAGUGUGUGUGUGUAAAGUGGGCCAAACUUUGCCUUCGUUUUGUCGACGAGGUUUUACGAAUCGGGUUUCUGAAUACUGCUCGCGGUUGAUUUCGCAUUUUUUUUUUGUCGCUAUUAUGCCGCGUCGCGGCAACGUGCGACAAUCACCGGUAUUUGGUCGCGGUGAAGAAACGGCGUUUUUCGCCAGCACAAGCUACGACGAGCCAUGGCGAGGCCUCAUCUAGCGGAUCAUAUUUCGCGGAAGUUCCUGCGCUUUCUAGGAUUAAGGAUGUCGAAGCGGCUGAGUUUCUACUGUCUGGUAGCUCUGGCGUCCGUCUGCAUCUUCUUCCUAGCAUUUAACCAGCGCUACAGCAGCUACCUUGAGCAUCGACUGCAGCCGGUGAUAUCGGAUGUUGAGAUAAGGCCGCGGACCACCAAAAUCCAAGAGCCGGUAACGGUAAGCCAGGCGUAUAUUACGGGAUCCACGGACAACGCCACGAUCACCGAAAUUCAAGAGGUGGUUGAUCAACAAAGGAGGGCGAUUAAAAGAGAAAUGGAAAAUUAUGAAUAUCCAAACGGAAAAUAUGGGAUAAAUGUGAGCAAACUUGAAGAUUUAGUGAUGGAGAAGGGUGGUAGACCUAUGAGAAGCAUAAUUCUGACGAGUUGGAGAAGUGGCAGCACGUUCCUCGGUGAUGUGGUAAACGCACAUCCGGGCAAUUUUUAUCAUUACGAACCGUUGCUCGACUAUGGAAUUGUGCAAAUCCGAGGGUCGCCGCUCGCCGAAGAAUCCUUGACAAGGAUACUCUCUCUGUUAAAUUGUGAAUACAAGGAGCUUGAUCGGUACCUGGAUUAUGGGAAGACUCAUCAUUGGGUAUUUAAUCAUAAUACGCAUUUAUGGCGGCAAUGCCAAGCACAUAAACGCAUUUGCUGGGAUCCGCGUUUCGUCUCCAAGUUUUGCCGACUCUUUCCGUUCCAAUCGAUGAAGCUUGUGCGGUUGAGGUUGCAUGCGGUAGAGAGUCUUUUGGCCGAAGAAGAUCUAGGUGUACGACUAGUUCUACUCAUUCGUGAUCCGAGAGGCAUUCUGCAAUCCAGAAAGCAUAGGGAAUGGUGUCCUGCUAAACCCGAUUGCUCCGAUCCAACUUUGGUUUGCGGAGACAUGGUAUCGGACUUCAACGCGGCAGUAGAACUGUCGAAAAAAUAUCCCCGUUCUUUCAGAGUAGUGCGUUACGAGGAUCUGUCUGUGGAUCCCUACAAGCACGUGCAGGAGCUUUACAAUUUUUACGGUUUGAACUUUCACGUAAACGUGAAGAAAUUCCUGGACACGCACACGAAGAAUGAUGUGGGCGGUGUGUCAAGCACUUUCCGGAAUUCCAAAGUCGCGCCAUUUCACUGGAGGACCGACUUAGACUUCGAAGAGGUCCGUGAAAUACAGAAGGUAUGCGCGACCGCUAUGCGAUUGUGGGGAUAUGUGAUGGCCUUAAAUUCCACUCACCAAAAAGACUUCGACCCUAUCACAAAUUACCGACUCCAGUUGUGACAACUGGCAGACGACAUGCUCAAUGUAGAUAUGAUGUAUAGUAUAUCGGUAUAACGAACGGCAGCGGUCAAAAAUGCCGUAGUUCAUAUAAAUAUUCUAUAAAAGGUGCUAGCGGUCCCUCAGGAAGAUAGCCAUGUAAUGGAAAUGAAUGUUGAUUCAUUCGACAGAAAAAUUCGGGAAUUUUUAGCUUUGGAACGCUAAGGUUUAUCGACAAGAAGUUUCUACUUCUUUGAAAGGACGGAAACAAGAUACGUUCGUAAUUUUAUAUCGUAUGAUUAACGAUCUAAACCACAGGGUGUUAGAAUAAAAUCCUGAGAGCUUGACACAAAUUAUGUCUAACCAUAUCGCAAACGCAAACGCAGGUGCACUCAAAACAUCUAAAUAUUAUGAAUUUUUCAGGAGAGAGGAAGGGUAUUUUGUGUCUAAAAUGUAUAAACUAAUAUAUUCAUUAAUAUUAAUUGUAAUUAUAGAUAGCUUGUAAAGAGAUUUGUAAUGAUCGUUACAGUAUCUUUUUACAUCUUUAAGAAAUAUUCCACAUAUAUAAGAAAAUGAAAUUUUUAUAUCGAUUACGGAACACAAAGUGCACCCACUCCUUGGAUUCAUACGAAAUCAUCGCUAAAAACAAGACGACCAAAUCUAAUUUUUUAACUUGCUGAUCAAUAGCUGCGUUCAGCAAAGAAAGUGACUUUGCAACUGUACCAUUUUUUAAUGUGAUUGGUCUUACUCUUAAUUUCUCACUAGAUCUAAAUGUAUAAAUCAUAUAAAAUGUAUAAUCAUAUUAAAGAAUCUUACAACAGUUGCAAAGCUGCUUUUUCUGCCAAUGCAGCCAUUGGUACAUGACAGUACUACAUUACGAACGUGGAAAUACACUCACACUGUGGAAGAAUAUUUAUCUAAUAAGGAAUGUAUCGUAUUCGAAAAGAGUUUAGCUAUAAACUGUGAACGAAAACUGAAUUUCAUAAUGUUAGAAUCGUAUCUUGUAAUAUCAUCGACAAUGUUGGAAAUUUAUUUCUGCACCGUCUGACGGGAAAUUCCUACCAAUAUUCAAUGUGAUUCACGAAAGGACAAGUACGAACACAAUAUCAAUUAGCUUGUUCAUUCCAUGGAACACUCGAUCUUAUCUCUUGUUCAUGUGGCGAUCAUGACGUUUGAGAAAACGAUCAGGCGGCGUCAAGGACGAUAACAUGAGUUUCCAUUCCACCGGCCUUCGAUGCGGCCGACGAAUUAUUACAGAAGUAUAUAGAUGCGACCAACUUGCCCGCGAACUCGUGGAUUUUUAUAAUGUACAUAGUCAUAAUAGCAUUGCACACUUUAGAUAACAAAAUAGAGGUAUUACCGUGAGCUGUUCGUUGGCGAUUUAGAAUAAGUACUUUUUUGAAUCUUUACACGCUAUAUAUUGAUUAUCUGGGACAGCCUGGCUGGCUGGCACACCCUCUGUUAUGUACUGUAGUAUAUUUACGUUAUAUAUUAUAUAUAAUUUUGAGAUUGUAUUCCUCGCGUCCUUGUGUUAUGCACCGAGCGCUAAAUUAUUAUCAGCUCUCUGUGAUCGAUCAGACCUUACCACGCGUUCACUUAAAGUAGGAUCGAUUUCAAUAAGCGUAUAUCAUGUUAUUAAAUAUUAUACAUAAUAGUUUGGAUAUUCUGGGAAUCGAGAUGUUACGAUCCGCCUCUCUUAUUUUGGAGGACAGUUUUAUUCGCCAAGAUCUUGACCCUAAUUAUUAUUUACGUUGUUCCAUUGUCACUUUGCAUGAAACGAAAAUUAAUAAAAUUAAUGUGAUGUUUCUCGUACAUACGUACGAAUGAGAUAUCUGGCGAUAGCGUUGCGCACAAUGUUGACGAGUCAUCGACGCAAUGUUAAUACAAAUUUGCAAUACCUUGGUGCAAUCUCACACCAAUAACACUAUUUAUCGAAUGGGUAUCUAGUCCAAAAGGAACGCGUAU